CCCCCCCCCCCCCCCCCCCCUUCCAUUACAGACUGCAACAACCGUAUUCAUCAAAUAGUCGAUGGUGGAGAAAAAUAACUUCAAAUUAGAAAACAAAAAAAAAGAUUAUUAUCGAGUAUGUAGCAAUAAUUAUAAAUGAAAUCCAGCGCGCUUAAAUGAAAAAACAAUAUUUUAUUUUUUAAUAUACAAAUAAAUAAUAAAUUCCCGCUCUUUUCAUCGAUUCUCAAGGAAAACAACUAUAGUUGACGAGAAGUCUUUCAGUAUACAGAUGAUGCGUCAGGUAACAAAGCUAAAGAUAUACGUGAGUUCCACAUUUCAGCUCCGCAGGAGCUGCGCUAACAAGCUUUUUUUGAUUAAAUUUAUCUGUCCUUUGUAGUCUGGAUUCAUUGAAUUUAAAGAAUUCCGUCGUUUUCUUCUUGACUUAUUAUAUUAUUAUAAUCAACUAAGUCAUCUAUUUGGACAAUUAGAUACAAAUAAAGAUAAAAGAACAAGUUUUAAUGAAUUUAAAAAAGGACAUGAACUUAUCGGUUAUUCAAGUACUGAUGAAAACAGUCUAAGACAAGAAUUCAAUCGCAUUGAUACUAAUCAUGGUGAAUAUAUUUUAUUUGAUGAAGGUUGUUUAGACCUUAUUUGGAACAUAUCUUAA